UCGCCCCCUUUGUAUUCAGAUUCUGUGCCGCAGAAUCAAUUUGCAGAAUAAUUUGACUUGCAAAAGAAGGCUGCUGCCUUGAGCCCAAAAUAUCAUCUCGAUUGGUUUUCUAGUAAAAUGCUGUCGCUACAAAAAAAAACCCAUGUCAUUUAGAAAUCUCCCAUUGCUGCAAGUAGAUGAAGCCCUUCUAAAAGUUAAUGUGCAGGUAACCUGCAGCUGUGCCAGGAUAUGGGUGCCAUUGCUGAGCUGUGAUCAUCUGGGAUUUAGGGGAAUAAACCAGUAUUUUAAUGAUAUUCCAGUUCGGUUUUUCCAAACUUCAUCUGUAGGAUCCCCCCCCCCCCCCCAAUUGAUUCCAUUCCGGUUGGAGAGCCUGUAGACACCCGUCAUAUUAUUCCAUAAUCUCUCCAGAUCCUUUGGGAACUGUCAUAUUGGAUUAAGCAAGAUAUUUAUUACCGACUAAUUGCAAGAGCCCUGAAAUAUGCGCAGAACCGCUAUUCCUAUAAAUACAUGGUGAUCAUGUGUUCUAAUUUUAAAUCGGGGCAGCUGCAGCGACGAGAAUGAUAAAUAAUCCUAUCUUCCUUCCCGACGCUGCGGUCUGGGCUCCUCCGUUACUCAGCAGCACUCGCCCGAAACCGUGUGGGCUGUGCAAGCGGUCAAAAGGAUUUCUGAUUCCCAGCAGCGUAAAAAACAGUCAAACUGCAGAACACGCGUGGAACAAUAAACGAUUCCUCAAUCUAAUUUGCUUUUGAGAAAACCUCGUUUAUAGCUCUGUAGAAAGGAUCCAGCUUCUGAAAAGACUCCGCAUUCAGAGCGCAGAGUCCGGUCCAGCGGUCCAUCUGGGGCAAGAUUUACUGUUCUGAACUCCAAAACCCCAAAUAAUAAAAAAAACAGGCGAUUUUCAUCUCCAAAUUAAUCUCUAAAAACUGCGAUUUCAAUCUUAAUAAAAAAAUAUAAAUAAUUAAAAAAAACAUUUUUAAAACUUGUAGCCUCGGGGUCUGGAGACGAGUGUAAAACAACCAUAGAUAAUUAUCCACACAUGACAAGACAAACCAAUGCUAAGGGUUUAGUGGUUUAUAAGAGGACCACAGCGCAGCACCCAGGCUGUUCCAAGCCGUGCCAGUGGAAGCGGUUUGGCUGUUUGUGAGACACUGGACUCCACAGAGAGAGAGUGUGGGGACAGGAAGCUGCUGCCUCCUGGAUAAUUGAUUGCUUUGGGUAGCUGGCUCGGGCAGCGCUUUGAGCUGCCAAGAGCACGGAAUGGGAUCCGGGACCUUUACGAUGUCGUGAGGGGGAGCUAUUUCAAAACCCAUGAGAACUUGGAUGCAACAUCAUGAGUUUGCCACCCUAACGAAGGAGCUGAACGGGUGCAGGGAACAGCUGCUGGAAAAAGAAGAGGAGAUCUCUGAACUGAAAGCAGAGAGGAACAACACGAGACUGCUACUGGAACACCUGGAGAGCCUCGUUUCGAGACACGAGCGGUCCCUGAGGAUGACGGUAGUGAAGAGACAGGCCCAGCCUCCCUCUGGAGUCUCCAGCGAGGUGGAGGUCCUGAAAGCCUUGAAGUCCCUCUUCGAGCAUCACAAAGCGCUGGAUGAAAAGGUGCGCGAGCGACUGAGAGUAUCUCUGGAGAGAGUGACAACCUUAGAGGGGCAGCUAGCAGCCGCCAGCCAAGAGCUUUCAGUGCUAAGACAAGGGCACCCCCAGAGGAAGGACAAGCCCGAAGGAGAUCACGUUGAUGGGACGGAACCAGUGCCCAAGCCAACCUGGAAGAGGCUCCCGAACGGCUCCAUCGACGCCCAUGACGAGGUGAGCCGGGCUCUGCAGUUACAGGAGCUGCUGGAGAAGAGCAACGUGGAGCUCGUGCAGAGCAAGGAGCGCGUGGCCACACUGACCGCCCGCGUGGCCGAGCUGGAGGCUGACCUCAACACCGCCCACAAAGACCUGCUGAAGAGCGAGGAGAUGAGCAGCAAAUACCAGCGGGACAUCCGCGAGGCUCUGGCUCAGAAGGAAGACAUGGAGGAGAGAAUUACAACUCUAGAGAAACGCUACCUGGGUGCGCAGAGAGAAACCACUUCAAUACACGACCUCAAUGACAAGCUGGAGAACGAGCUGGUGAACAAGGAGUCUCUCUACAGACAGAGCGAGGAGAAGGCCAGGAACAUCCAGGAGCUGCUGGAGCUGGCAGAGCAGAAGCUGCAGCAGACGAUGCGCAAGGCUGAGACCCUGCCCGAGGUGGAGGCGGAGCUGGCACAGAGAGGGGCCGCCCUGACCAAGGCUGAGGAGAGGCAUGGCAGUAUCGAGGAGCGCUCCCGACAGCUGGAGGCUCAGCUUGAAGAGAAAAACCAGGAACUGGGCCGGGCGAGGCAGAGGGAGAAGAUGAACGAAGAACACAACAAGCGACUCUCGGACACCGUCGACCGUCUCCUCACUGAGUCCAACGAGAGGCUGCAGCUGCACUUGAAGGAGCGCAUGGCCGCUCUGGAGGACAAGAAUACCUUGAUUCAAGAUCUGGAAAACACACAAAAGCAACUGGAAGACUCUUACCAUAGCAAGGAAAGGUUGGCGACUGAAAUUGAAAAACUGCGUGCGGAAAUGGAGCAGCUGAAGAGGAGAAGCGGAGCCUUCGGGGACAGUGUGCACCCACGCUCUCUCGUCGGCAGCACCACGGAUGUCCGCUUCUCUCUGGGCUCGGCACUCGACACGCAGGUUGACCACUUCGGCACGCCAGCGGUGAUCCGACGGGCGCAGAAGGGACGCCUGGCAGCCCUGCGGGACGAACCCACCAAGAUCCUGCCGAUAAUGGAUCAGGAAUGGGACCGCGCCCAGCCGCUCAGUGUCCUGGCCAGCGUGACCCAACCCAUCGAGAGUGACCCCGAGCUGUCGGACAUCGACGACGAUGACCGCGAGACCAUCUUCAGCUCGGUGGAUGUGCUCUCGCCCAGCGGUCACUCUGACGCCCAGACCCUGGCUCUGAUGCUGCAAGAACAGCUGGACGCCAUCAACGAGGAGAUCAGGAUGAUCCAGGAGGAGAAGGAGUCGGCAGAGCUGCGUGCCGAGGAGAUUGAGAAUCGGGUGACGAGUGGCAGUAUGGACGGGCUCAACAUGCGCCCCCUGCGGUCCCGCUCCUCCAUCCCCACCUCGCUCACCGCCCUGUCGCUCGCCAGCUCCUCCCCCCCCGUCAGCGGCCUCUCCACGCCCAAGCUGUCUUCCCGCUCAGCCGCUCAUGAGCUGGGCAUCAUGACUCUGCCCAGCGAUUUGAGGAAACAUCGUAGGAAAGUACUUUCUCCAGUGUCCUGGGAUGACAGUCGGGAGGACAAGCCCACCAUCAAGUGUGAGAUGUCGCCCCCUCCCUCCCCGCGCAGCCUGCGUCUGGAGCAGAUGUCCCAGUCCCUGCUCUCCACCAGCCAGGAAGACGGCAAAGGGCCGGACGACCAGAACAGCAGUCGUAACAGCAGCCAAGACUCCCUCCACAGGGGCAGCAAGAAGAAGGGCAUCAACUUCUCAAUCGUACGGCUGUUUGGCAAGAAGGAGAAGGCCAGGCUCCUGCAGAUGGGCAGGGGGCAGGGAGCUGGGAUUACAGAUUUUGAGAUCGGGUUCCAGGAUUUUCUGGGACUGGGGAAGCUGGGAACGCAGGCUGAGCGAGACCGGAGAUUCAAGAAGAAGCAUGAGCUUCUGGAAGACGCUCGGAGGAAGGGCUUGCCUUUCGCCCAGUGGGACGGGCCCACAGUGGUGUCCUGGCUCGAGCUGUGGGUGGGGAUGCCAGCCUGGUACGUGGCUGCCUGCCGUGCCAAUGUGAAGAGCGGUGCCAUCAUGUCAGCCCUGUCCGACACCGAGAUCCAGAGAGAGAUUGGCAUCAGCAACCCCCUGCACCGGCUCAAACUGCGCCUGGCCAUCCAGGAGAUGGUGUCCCUCACCAGCCCCUCCGCCCCCCUCACCUCCAGAACUUCUUCUGGGAACGUCUGGGUGACUCACGAGGAGAUGGAAACCAUGACAACGCCUACCAAAGCGAAGGAGAAAGAAGGAGGCAGUUGGGCUCAGACGCUUGCGUACGGAGACAUGAAUCACGAGUGGAUUGGGAAUGAGUGGCUGCCCAGCCUGGGCCUGCCUCAGUACCGCAGCUACUUCAUGGAGUGUCUGGUGGACGCCCGCAUGCUUGACCACCUGACCAAGAAAGACCUGCGCACGCACCUCAAGAUGGUGGACAGCUUCCACCGGGCCAGUCUGCAGUAUGGCAUCAUGUGCCUGAAGAGGCUGAACUACGACAGGAAGGAGCUGGAGAGGAGGAGGCAGGAAUGCCAGCUCGAAGUCAAAGAUGCUGUGGUGUGGACGAACGACCAGGUGAUGCACUGGGUGCAGUCCAUCGGGCUCCGUGAGUACGGGACCAAUCUCCUGGAGAGCGGGGUCCAUGGGGCCCUCAUUGCUCUGGAUGAGAACUUCGAUUACAGCAGCCUGGCACUUAUCCUGCAGAUCCCAAUGCAAAACACACAGGCAAGGCAAGUUUUAGAACGUGAAUUCAACAACGUCCUGGCCCUGGGGACCGACAGGCGACUGGAUGAGGGUGAUGAUAAAUCCUUCCGGAGAACACCGUCGUGGAGGAAGCGCUUUCGUCCGCGCGACAGUCACGGUCUGAGCAUGAUGCCCGGCUCCAUCGAGACUCUGCCAGCAGGGUUCAGGGUCACUGCCAUGUCCAUGCCCUCCUCCGUCUCCACGAUGCCCAAGAAAAUGCCCCCUGAAGGAUCGUCAGGGUCACAGAGAUUAGACAGCUCGACAGUUCGGACUUACUCUUGUUAACUGUCCUGAACUAGCAGGAGCACGUGGGCAGUCAAGUGCAAUCCCACUACUUGUAUGGACACAUGCUUGCAGCCUUCCGGGAGUGAGCUGCCUGGGACUGGGGAGGAUCGGGACCUCACUGGGCAGCAGCGGGAUGAUUCUCUUUGCUGCUUGCACAGCAGGAGAUGACUGUGGGACUGAGGGACCCGAAGCAGAAGGAGUCCGAUUCUCCAGUAAUGUUCCAGUGAUUCAGAUGUCGAUGUGAUGUUGUUCUGAUACUCUGUUAUAAACCGGUCUGUCACGCCUAGUAGUGUGGUGGUUGUAGUAAUGUAGUACUGUUCCUGGGUGUGAGAGAUCUGCAGUGUGUAUAAAAGGGACCCCCCCAUUCCGCAGUAAUGCAAGGUUAUUAUUUUGUUUUAUUUAUUUAUUCCUGUACAUAAAUCAAAAGAUUUUAUAGAUAUCAAUAUGGAAUUUAAAGUAUAGAAAUAUAUAUAUAUAUAUUUAAUUUAUUGUAUAAAACUGCAUUUUGUCUUAGCUGAUGUUUGUUUGUUUGUUUGUCCGUUCUAACCCUCCCCUCCUCUCCCAAACAGAAAUGCCAGCUUUCCUUUGUUGUGCGUUUUCAAUAAAUGAGCGUUUUCUUUUGUCCGAUGUGUAGAGACGUUCAAUAUCA